AGACGAGACGAGGCUUCUCUUUGAGUUUUAAUCUUCUUCCUAGCUUUUUUCGUGUUUGCGUUGUGAUUUUUUCCUUCGUUAUUUUUCAUUCAUAAAGUUAACGGAAUGCAAGGAGGAGAAGAGCUAAGCAUAGAAGAGCUCUUUUCAAAUCUUUCUACGUAUAAAGAACAGCUUCAACAGGUCAGACAGCUGUUGGUUGAUGAUCCUGGAAACUCCGAAUAUGUGGAUAUGGAAAGGGAACUCACUGAGGUGAUUACUUUGACUGAGGAGCUCCUUGCAACUGCAAAGCAAAAUGCAGUUUCUGGAUCAGAUACUGGAACAAGUGCUAAUGCAUCUCCUGGCUUGCACCAGUCUUAUGGGAAUAAAACGGAAUCAGGUGGCAUCUCUGCCCAUCAUGACGAUUUUCCUGUGGGCUCAAAAAUUCAAGCUGUUUGGAGUGAAGAUGGGGAAUGGUAUGACGCAACUGUUGAGGCUAUUACUCCAAAUGGAUACUAUGUAGCUUUUGAUGGUUGGGGUAAUAAGGAAGAGGUUGAUCCUGCUAAUGUAAGGCCCAUUCAAUUUAAUGCUUUGUUGGAAGCUGAGAAGGUAGCUGAAGCUACAAAACAAGCAAUAAAACGGAAAAUUGAGCAAGCUGCUGCUAUUGACUUUCAAUCACGAAGUUUACCUGCAAAGCUUCGUAUAAAUCCUGAAGACCCAGAGGAUGUGAAAGCCACCAAGCGGAAGAAAAUACAUGCUUUUAAGUCAAAAGUGAGGUUUGAGCAACUUGAAGUCUCCCAAAACAAGCGACAGAAUGCUUGGCAGCAGUUCCAGACAACAAAAGGCAAGACUAAGAAGGUUGGUUUCUUCUCAGGCCGCAAACGAGAGAGCAUCUUCAAGUCUCCCGAUGACCCCCAUGGUAAGGUUGGUGUGACAGGAAGCGGCAAGGGCUUGACAGAGUUUCAGAAGAGGGAAAAGCACCUGCAUCUCAAGGGAGGAGGAAAUGCAGAGAUUGAAGAUUAGACUCUUAACCUCAUCAAAUUUCUGGUGCAUUUUGUAUAUCCUAUGCCAUGAGUCUUCCCAAUGGCAAACCAGUUUAAUUUUGUAGCUGAUCCCAAAGUGAAUAGGCUUCUGCUGGUAGGAUUUUGACUCAGGGAAGGAACAUGGUUAAACAUGAUACAGAAAACUGCUUUGUUAAGAACAUUUGUUUUAUAGAAUAAUGAUAGUACUUUUCUUAA